AUUAAUAUCAUAAAAUUCUUUCACUGCUAAAGAAUUCGUUUUACUUUAGAAAGUAAUAAAUAACAGUAAUGAGUUAUCCAAAAAUUCAUUUAAAUUUAUUUGUUGAGGUUAGAUUUAAAUUAGGCAUCCCAAAUUGCAUUUUUUAAGGUUAUGUUUUUAUUUUUGAAGAAAUUAAUUAAAAUAAUAAAAUUUCGUAACGUAAAUGUUAUCGCCUUUAUCCCCACUGCUAAGGAAUGCGUUUUACUUUAGAAAGUAAUAAAUAACAGUAAUGCGUUGAUUUUAAUCUGAAAUGAAUGUAUUUGAGGAGUUUAAUCGAGUUUAUAGUGAUGAACAAGAAAAGUUAAUAGAUUUGGAGUUUAAACGAUGCGAAGGAGUGUGUUAUUUGGAUCAUGCGGGAGCCACAUUGUAUGGAGAAACUCAAAUUGGGGAGAUUUUAAAGGAUUUAAAAGAAAAUUUGUAUGGUAAUCCGCAUUCAGUGAAUUCAACGAGUAAAUCAACUAAUGAUGCUAUUGAUAUCAUUCGAUUAAAAUGUUUAAAGCAUUUUAAUACAACCCCAGAUAAAUACUCAAUAAUUUUUACUUCCGGAGCAACGGAAUCUUUAAAAAUAAUUGGAGAAUCGUUCGAUUAUAAUGAAGGAUCUUUCGUUUACUUAGAAGAUAAUCAUACUUCUGUAUUGGGGAUGAGGGAUUUUGCUGAAAAAACCAAGGUUAUUUUAUGUGAUGAAGCUGAUUUUUUACUAAAUAAAUCGUCCCGAUUCACAGAGGAAAAUUUGAUGACGCAAAAUAAUUCUUUAUUUGUUUAUCCAGCGCAAAGUAAUUUUAAUGGAAAAAAAUAUCCUUUAACUUGGAUUAAAAACAUUCAAAACGGGGUUUUAAACGAACGAAAUAACCGAGCAAAUUGGUUUUGCAUGCUUGAUGCAGCCGCGUUUGUAUCAACAAGUUUUUUAGAUUUAUCUUUAUAUGAACCUGAUUUUGUAUCGGUGUCUUUUUAUAAAAUAUUUGGGUACCCAACUGGAUUAGGAGCACUUUUGGUGAAAAAUGGUAGCGAAAACGUCUUAGGUCGACGAAAAUUUUAUGGGGGUGGAACCGUUUUAAUGACGAUGAGCACUGAAAAUGUUGUUUUUCGAAGAAACAUCGUUCACAGUAAAUUCGAAGAUGGAACUUUACCGUUUUUAUCGAUUUUAUCAUUAAAAUCGGGCUUUAAACAGUUGGAAAAAUUAAAUUUAAACAUGGAUUUAAUAUCUAAACACACGUUUAUGUUGGGAAAAUACGCAUUUUUAAAAUUGAGGGGUUUAAAGCAUCCGAAUGGGAACAAUUUAGUCACUUUUUAUCAUGAUGAUAGAUGUUGCUUCGAUGAUGUUGUAAAUCAAGGUGGAAUAAUUAAUUUUAAUUUAUUAAAGUGUGAUGGGGAUGUUAUCGGAUUCGCGGAAGUUAAUUAUGUUUCGAAUUUAUUUGGAGUUCAAUUAAGAACUGGGUGCUUUUGCAAUCCAGGAGCUUGCCAAAAAAAUUUGAAAUUAACCAAAAGUGACGUUUUCUAUCAUUUUGAGCAAGGUCAUGUGUGUGGGGACCAAAAAGAUUUAAUUGAUGGAACCCCAACUGGAUCAAUUCGUAUUUCUUUCGGGUAUAUGUCAACAAAAAAAGAUGUGGAUAAAUUUAUAACGAUGAUUCAAAGUUUCAUCGACAAAACACACAAAAAUUUACUUAAUAAACACAUUUCAAGCGAAAAAAAUGUUAACUCAAGUUACGAAGGAGUUUUAGAAUCAAUUUAUUUAUAUCCGAUAAAAUCAUGCAGAUCCCACUCCGUUUCCAAAUCAUGGCCGUUAAUUCAACACGGAUUAAAAUACGAUCGCGAAUUUAUGAUUGCCGAUCAUCGAGGAGUUUCUUUAACACAAAAAAACAACACAAAUUUGUGUAAAAUACAACCAAUUUUGAAUUUAACCGAGAAAACUUUACGAAUUUCUUACGAAAAUGAUUCAUCGGAAGGUAUCUCCUUAAAAAAUCAUCAAAAUUUAAAUAAAUUCGAUAAAUGUGAAAGCAAAGUUUGCGGGGAUUCAAUCCAACUUUUCGAUUGUGGAAAAGAAAUUUCAAAUUUCUUAUCCGACACUUUAGGAAUUGAAGAAUUAAAAUUGCUGCAAUUUCAAAACAAUUCAAAUCUAAAAAGGGGAAAAGAAUUAAAAAAUGGCCAAUUAUCGUUAGUGAAUGAAGCUCAAUUUCUUUUAAUUAAUCGUAAAAGUGUUGAAUGGUUGCUGGAGAGGAUCGAAAAAGAUCAUUUUAAUGAUACAGUUGAGGAUUUAAUCGAAAGGUUUCGGCCAAAUUUUGUCGUAGAUUUUAAAGAACCUUUUGUAGAAAAUCAUAUUGAAAAGAUUUUUAUAGGUAAAUUUAUUUUUAGUAAUGUAGGAAAUUGUAGGAGAUGCCAAAUGAUUUGUAUUAAUCAAAAAACUGGGGAAAAAAACGUCAAUGUUUUAAGAACGUUGUCAAAAGAAUUUGACGGAAAAAUAUCAUUCGGAAUUUAUUUGAAACGAGAAGAUUAUAAUAAAGAAAGUGAAAUUUUUAUUAAUUCUAAAGUUGUUGGAUUAUGUAAAAUUUAAAAUUUUUAUU